AUGGGCACGCCAUUUAUCUCCUUUCUAGGGCCCUCAAACCUCGACGAUUACGACAACAAGUUCUCUUUCUCGCAGCAACCGGAGAGCAUACCAAAAACCUUCCUGGACGCCAUGGAAGUAAGAGAAGAGAUAUUCGUCAGAGAACAAGGCGUUCCUCAAGAGAACGAAUUCGACUCGGACGAUCCGCGAGCAUGCCACUGGGUUGUCUAUGCGUCCGUUAACACAACCACUCAAGCAGAGCAGAAAGAUGCAGCUGGCAACGUCGUCGUUCGAAAGCAGAGCGUAACCAAAAGCCAACCUAUUGGUACCAUCAGACUCGUUCCAUUCCCACACCCACCACACCCCGAGCCAGGCUCUUCAUACGCUGCAGACGCUCUAGAAACAGACCCCGAACGGGAUUUCUCGCAACCUCCUCCAUACAUCGUGGAUAGAGCCACAACAUACCAUGACGGAAAGGAACCAUACAUGAAACUUGGAAGAAUUGCCGUCUUGAAAGAAUUCAGAGGGGCUGGAAUCGCAAGGCUGCUUGUUAGCGCUGCCAUGACUUGGAUUCAACAGAACUUUACAUACUUCAACCCUUCGGUCAAGACAGUGGGCAUGGAUGGUAUGAAUGCGUCGAAUAUUGGGGAGAUACCGGUGUGGAAGGGGUUAAUAUGUGUUCAUGCCCAGGAGCAAGUUGCUAAGACGUGGGCGAAGUGGGGAUUUCAGCUCGAUGAAGGAAUGGGUACUUGGAUGGAGGAGGGCAUUGCGCAUGUCGGAAUGUUUCAGCGGUUGAAUCUAGAGCCUAGCACGGCGGAAUGA